AAAAAAAAAAAAAUAAAUAAUACAUCCGAUCCGAGGAGGAGGACAGAAGAUCGGAAGAAGGGAUGUCGUCGGAAAAACACGGUCUCGAUGACUCUGGCCGUCAGACCAUGCAGCCUCCCCCGUACCUCCCUGGCCCGCAAGACCCCAACAUACCCCAACACCCCAACAUGGCUCCUGCGCCGGGCACCCAGCCCAGCUACCCUCCCCCGCCUCCUCCACCGGGCUCAGAGGGUUACCUCCAAGAAACCCAGUUCCACUGCGGCCCGUUGGGACCUCCCGGGGCCCCGCAGGGAUACACCGUCCAGACCCAGGGUCCCGGAGGCACCAUGCCUCACCCCCCUGUAGGAUACCUCCACCCGGGCUACCCGCUUCAGCUGCAGCCAUGCACGGCUUACGUACCCGUGUACCCCAUGGCAUCGGGUCAGCCCUACAUGCCGGCUGGAGGAGCCCACCCAGGAAUCCCCCCGGGCCAGAUUCAUCCCAUGCAAAUGCCACCCAGCAUCACCCUAAUGGACCGUCGGCCACCACACGACUACCUGCCCAUUGCCGUGCUCACCACCGUCUGCUGCUUCUGGCCGACAGGCAUCAUUGCCAUCAUCAAAGCAGUGCAGGUGCGUACGGCGAUAGCCAGAGGGGACAUGGUGACGGCGGAAAUAGCCUCCCGCGAGGCGCGCAACUUCUCCUUCAUCAGCCUGGCUGUUGGCAUCGCCUCCAUUGUGCUGUGCACCAUCCUCACCGUGGUGGUCAUCAUCGCCUCGCAGCACCACGACGACGACUGGGAGCCGUAACUCCACGCAGAUGGGAAAUCAUGGCAUAUUUUAGCAAGCUAACUACUCUUAUAAUUGUUUGGAGGGAAGCUCUGAAAGUGCACUCAAACUGCUACUGCUUGCUGGCACUCUGUGUACAGCUACACACACACACACACACACACACACACACACACACACACAAACACACACACACACACACAACCUAACCUGCUGCCAUCAAACACACACCGACGACCAAAAACAACCAAUCACAGCUAACAUUCAAAUGCCAAAUACAAGCAGCUGUCAAAUGAGACCCAGUAUUGCUGUUAGCACAGCGACCGCUUAAUAUUUACACACAGAUACGAGCUGCAGGAGGGAAACAAAGCUCCUCGCAUUAACAAUUCAUUUGACGCUGAUUAAUUCAUACGGCCUUCACUGAUGUAGUUAGAUGAGAGGAUAGGUCACUGUGUGUUUCCGUUUUAAAUGCUCCAACAUACGAAAUGGGCCCUCACAGUAUCUGCAGUUGAAGACAUCACAUUCAAAGAGCUUCCUUUAGGAUAGUUCAAUGCACAUUUUUAGUCUUACAGGUACAAGCAUACAUGUGUUCUCUUCUUUAAAAACUUAAUAUAAAAAAAAAAAAAA